CCUCGUCGGCGCCGGUAGUUGAGCUUAUCUUCCGCUGACAGGAAGCGGCUGGUCCUUUUCCGCAGACUCCAACAUGGCCCGAGGACCGAAGAAGCACCUGAAGCGUGUCGCAGCUCCUAAACACUGGAUGCUGGACAAACUCACUGGAGUGUUUGCUCCUCGUCCCUCCACCGGUCCCCACAAACUGAGGGAGUGCCUGCCCCUCAUCAUCUUCCUAAGGAACCGUCUCAAGUACGCUCUGACCGGAGAUGAGGUCAAGAAGAUCUGCAUGCAGAGGUUCAUCAAGAUCGAUGGCAAGGUCCGCACUGAUGUCACCUACCCCACUGGCUUCAUGGAUGUGGUCAGCAUUGAGAAGACCAGUGAGAACUUCAGGCUGAUCUAUGAUGUCAAGGGACGCUUCACAGUUCACCGCAUCACAAACGAGGAGGCCAAGUACAAAUUGUGCAAGGUGAGGAAAACCCUCAUCGGCACAAAGGGAAUCCCACAUCUGGUGACCCAUGACGCCCGCACCAUCCGUUACCCUGAUCCUCUGAUCAAGGUCAACGACACCGUCCGCAUUGACCUGGACACUGGCAAAAUUACAGAUUUCAUCAAAUUUGAGACAGGCAACAUGUGCAUGGUGACCGGAGGUGCUAAUUUGGGGCGUAUUGGUGUGAUCACCAAUAGAGAGAAGCAUCCUGGAUCUUUUGAUGUGGUGCAUGUUAAAGACAGCACUGGCAACAGCUUUGCCACCAGACUCUCCAACAUCUUCGUCAUCGGCAAGGGCAAUAAGCCAUGGGUGUCCCUGCCUCGUGGAAAGGGUAUCCGCCUGACCAUUGCUGAGGAGAGAGACAAGAGACUGGCUGCCAAACAGAGCAGCAGCUAAGUCAACAG